AUACCGUCGCAAAACACUUCAUUUCACAGUUUGAUAUCCAAAAGAGACGGUUUUGGAUACAAAUUUCAUCGUCGUAAAAAUGUCACAGAAUUCGCUUCCAUCUGAAGUGUCAAAUGCAACAAUAGAUAAGGAACUUUAUUAUCAUGGAUUACUUCCUAGUGAAGAUGUUCGUCAACUGUUAUCCAACAACGGAGACUUCUUGUUGCGAUCUUCGGAACCUGAGCCCGGUAGUCCUCGAACACACAUUCUCAGUGUGAUGUUCAACAAUCGUCUGGAUGAUAUCAAUUCGAUCAAGCAUUUUGUCGUGAAUUUUGUCGAUGGAAAAUAUUUUAUCAAUGAUAAAAUGUCGUUCCCUUCAAUUCAAAAAAUGCUCGGAACUUAUCAAAGAAAUAACACUGAAAUCAAAGAAGGUUGUAUGCUAGUCAAUCCGAUAAGACGACAAUUUUGGGAACUGGAACACGAUCAAAUUACUAUUCAUAAGAAAUUGGGUGAAGGCGCGUUUGGAGAGGUUUCGUCUGGAGUAAUGAAGUUCAAAAAGGGGAUGAAAACGGUACAAGUGGCUAUCAAACAGGUCAAACUGGACAAGACUGGAAAAGCCAAAAUAAAGGAUUUUUUGGCCGAAGCACGAACCAUGCGGAAACUAGGCCACCAAAAUAUUAUCAAAUUCUACGGCGUCGGAGUACUACAGGAACCAUUGUACCUUGUUAUGGAACUAGCAGUAAAUGGAGCACUCGAUAGUUUUUUGAAAAAGAAUGAGGAUUUAUCAGUUGAUAAAAAAACUGAGAUGAUUUUACAAGCGGCAUGGGGACUUGAAUACAUUCAUGGAAAACCUAUGCUUCAUCGAGAUAUUGCUGCUAGGAAUUGUCUCUAUACGGAUGGAAAAGUUAAGAUUUCGGAUUUUGGAUUGACUCGAAAUGGAACUGUUUAUCAGAUCAAGCCGAAUACCAAAUCACCUAUUCGUUGGUUGGCUAUUGAGACAAUCAAAACAAUGAUUUGUUCUGAAAAGACCGAUGUCUGGGCUUACGGUGUUCUUUGCUGGGAGAUCUUCAAUAAUGCAGCCGAACCAUAUCCGGGAAUGAAGCCUGCCGACGUCGCUACACAAGUUGCAAAUGGAUACCGUAUGCCACCGUACCCACAUGCUCAGGCUGAGAUUCAAACAAUGAUGGCGAGAUGCAAUGCUGAAAAUCCGAAUGAUCGUCCAUCAAUGGCUGAAAUUGCUGAAAUCCUACAACGUGUCACUGAAACUCCUCGCCCCAAUUUUACAGCCAUAGCGAAGAAAGAGGCAGAGGAGCUUCUCCUAAUGAACUCUGUAACUACGAAAACAACUGCUCGUCGCAAGAAGUCUAAUGUGAAGCUUCCAAAGGGAAUGUCGAAGAACUAAAUGAUUGAAUAAAUUCUUGUAUUUGGC